AUGAAGGACAGUGGUGACUCCAAGGACCAGCAACUCAUGGUUGCACUUAGGGUCCGGCCCAUCAGCGUGGCUGAGCUGGAGGAGGGAGCCACCCUCAUCGCUCACAAGGUGGAUGAGCAGAUGGUGGUCCUCAUGGACCCAAUGGAAGACCCUGACGACAUCCUGCGGGCACACCGGUCCCGGGAGAAGUCAUACCUGUUCGACGUGGCCUUUGACUUCACUGCCACCCAGGAAAUGGUGUAUCAGGCCACCACCAAGAGCCUCAUCGAGGGUGUCAUCUCAGGGUACAAUGCCACUGUGUUUGCCUAUGGCCCUACAGGCUGUGGGAAGACCUACACCAUGCUGGGCACUGAUCAUGAGCCAGGCAUCUACGUCCGGACCCUGAAUGACUUGUUCCGAGCCAUCGAGGAGACCAGCAAUGACAUGGAAUAUGAGGUGUCCAUGUCCUACCUGGAGAUCUACAAUGAGAUGAUCCGGGACCUGCUGAACCCUGCCCUGGGGUACCUGGAGCUAAGGGAGGACUCCAAAGGGGUGAUCCAGGUGGCCGGAAUCACUGAAGUGUCCACCAUCAAUGCCAAGGAGAUUAUGCAGCUGCUGAUGAAGGGGAACCGGCAGAGGACACAGGAACCCACAGCUGCCAAUCAGACGUCUUCCCGCUCCCAUGCAGUGCUCCAGGUGGCAGUACGUCAGCGCAGCCGGGUCAAGAACAUCCUCCAGGAGGUGCGGCAAGGCCGCCUGUUCAUGAUUGACCUGGCCGGCUCUGAGCGUGCCUCCCAGACACAGAAUCGGGGGCAGCGCAUGAAGGAGGGGGCUCACAUUAACCGCUCUCUGCUGGCCCUGGGCAACUGCAUCAACGCCCUGAGCGACAAGGGUGGCAACAAGUACAUCAACUAUAGGGACAGCAAGCUCACCCGGCUCCUGAAGGACUCACUAGGGGGGAACAGCCGCACAGUGAUGAUUGCCCACAUCAGUCCGGCGAGCACCGCCUUCGAGGAGUCCCGGAAUACCCUGACCUAUGCUGGCCGAGCCAAGAAUAUUAGGACUCGGGUGAAGCAGAACCUGCUCAACGUGUCCUACCACAUCGCCCAGUACACAAGCAUCAUCGCUGACCUGCGAGGGGAAAUCCAGAGACUCAAGUGCAAGAUCGACCAGCAGGCGGGGCGGGGCCAGGGCCGGGGCCGACUGGACCGGGGUGACAUUCGCCAUAUCCAAGCUGAGGUACAGUUACACAGCGGGCAGGAAGGCCAGGCGGAGAUGGGACAGCUCCGGGAGCAGCUCAUCGGUGCCUUCCACGAGCAGAUGGAUGUGCGCCGGCGCCUGCUGGAGCUGGAAAACCAAGCCAUGGAAGUCCAGAUUGAUACCUCCCGUCACCUACUCACCAUCGCGGGCUGGGAGCAUGAGAAGUCACGCCGGGCUCUCAAGUGGCGUGAGGAGCGAAGGAAGGAGUCCUACACCAAAGAUGACAGUGAAAAGGACUCAGACACAGGGGAUGAGCCAGAUAACCUGGAGCCACCAGAGGUGGCCUCAGCCCGGGAAAACAUCGCCACCCUGGUGGGCGAACAGAAGAAACUGCGCAAGCAGAAGGUACGAUGGGCCUUGGGUGUAGGGAGAGUGGGGAAGAAAAGGCGGAGGACUGAGGAAGAGAGAGACCAGAGAGCAGAAGAGCAGCGCGAGGUGCUCAGCCUGUUGUGCCGAGUGCACGAGCUGGAGGUGGAAAACACCGAGAUGCAAUCGCAUGCUCUGCUCCGCGACAGUGCCCUGCGCCACCGCCGCGAGGCCGUGCGCCGCUUGGAGCAGCACCGCAGCCUCUGCGAGGAGAUCAUUCAGGGCCAGCGGCAGAUCAUCGAUGACUUCAAUCUGGAGGUUCCCAGGCAGCUGGAGGAACUCUAUGAAGUUUACCUUCGGGAACUGGAAGAGGGCAGUCUGGAGCGGGCCACCAUCAUGGACCGUGUGGCCUCUAGGGCCCUGCAGGACAGCUCUUUGCCCAGAAUCACUGGAGCUGGGACCACACUGACCCCGGACUCUGACCUGGAGAGUGUGAAGACACUGAGCUCUGAGGCCCAGCGCCCCCAAAACAACACCCUCCCCCCACUUGGCACAGACAGUGAGUCCUACCAUGUGUUCAAGGCCAGUCCCAGGGCCUGGCAGGCGAAGAAUUCCUCUGUGCCCACUCCACCUCCCAUCCAGGUGGGCACCCUGGUGACCCAGCAGGCCCCACCACAGGACAGCCUGGGCAGCCAGAUCAACUCUUCCCCGGACAGCAGUGAGAACCUGUCAGAGACCCCUCUGUCCCAUAAAGAGAAGAAAGAGAUCUUGACUCGGACCAAGUGUAUCUCCGUGAAGGCCGCCCAGCGGCGCUCCCGGGCCCUGGGAUCGGAGGGGCGCCACCUGCUGGCACCUGCCGCAGAACGCAGCAGCCUGUCCCUCCACUCGUUGAGUGAGGCUGAAGAUGUUCGUCCAUCUGGUCCACUGGCCUGCAAGCGGCCGCCCAGCCCCACCCUGCACCAUGCUAUCAGCGAGGACAAUCUAUCCAGCAGCACCGGCGAGGGCCCCUCUCGGGCGGUAGGACCUCGACGUGAUGGCACUGGACCCUGGGUGCGUGCUCAGAAGAAAAGCCUUAGCAAGAAAAGGGAGGAGUCACUGGAGGCGAAGAGGAGGAAGCGGAGGUCUCGGUCCUUCGAGGUCACAAGACAAGGGAUGUCUCGUCCCAACACACACCUGCUGGGGCCUCAUCCCUCCGAGGGCAUUUCAGACCGAAGGAUGCCAGUGUGUGGGCGGCCAUCCCCUGGUGUCAGGCAUUUGGCAAAGGUCACGCUGCCUCUGGCCAAGGUCAAAUUUCCUCCAGGCCAGAACACAGGCUCUGGACACCCCUCACCCCUUCCUGUUGCCCCCAACCCAGCUGGUGUUUCCCGUAGAGCUACUCGUGGGCCCAGCCUGCCCCAUGGUUCAAGCACUCUUGGCAAAGAUGGACGCCUCCGGCAUAAUUGA